AUGAUCAAACCUCUGGUCCAGGCGGAGGAGCCUUCUGCGCUGCCGCCGUCGCCCUCGAUCAAGAAAGACGUGGAGCUCUUGCUGGUGAAGGAGCAGAACGGGGUGCAAUACACCAGCAGCCACCUCCUGGAGCACGCCGGCCCUGGGUACAGUUCCACCACACCUGAAGGAUCCCAGGAGCGCGAGACUUGGGGCAAAAAGAUCGACUUUCUGCUCUCCGUGGUCGGCUUCUCGGUGGAUCUGGCCAACGUCUGGCGGUUCCCUUACCUCUGCUACAAAAACGGAGGAGGUGCCUUCCUCAUCCCUUACAGCCUCUUCCUCAUCAUUGCAGGAAUGCCUUUGUUUUAUAUGGAACUUGCUUUAGGCCAGUAUAAUAGAGAAGGGGCUGCUACUGUAUGGAAAAUCUGCCCAUUGUUUAAAGGCGUGGGCUACGCUGUGAUCCUCAUAGCACUCUACGUUGGCUUCUACUACAAUGUUAUCAUUGCCUGGUCUCUCUAUUACCUGUUUGCCUCCUUCUCCAUGGGGGAGCUUCCCUGGGUUCAUUGCAAUAAUCACUGGAACACCCCCAACUGCACUGACCCCAAAGCCAAUAAUUCUGUAUUCUUCAAUGUUAGCUCCAAGCUCAAGAAUACUCCUGCUGCUGAAUUUUAUGAGCGGAGAGUUUUGCAAAUUAGCCGUGGGAUUCAUGAAAUCGGCCAGCCUCGGUGGCAGCUGGUGCUGUGUCUCUUAGUGGUAGUGAUCAUCCUGUUUUUCAGCCUGUGGAAAGGGGUGAAGACCUCUGGAAAGGUUGUAUGGAUAACUGCAACACUGCCUUAUGUUGUGCUGUCUGUGCUGCUAAUCCAUGGGCUAACGUUGCCUGGUGCAUAUGAGGGAAUCAAGGCUUAUCUCAACAUCGAUUUUGGACGAUUGAGAGAAGCUCAAGUAUGGAUUGAUGCUGCCACGCAGAUAUUUUACUCUCUAGGAGCUGGGUUUGGUGUCUUAAUUGCCUUUGCAAGCUACAAUGAAUUCCACAACAAUUGUUACCGGGAUGCACUAAUGACUAGUACAAUCAACUGUGUCACCAGCUUCAUCUCUGGCUUUGCAAUUUUUUCUAUCUUGGGCUACAUGGCUCAUAUAUACAAAGUCAGCAUUAAAGAAGUGGCUACAGAAGGAGCUGGGCUGGUUUUCAUCCUUUAUCCAGAAGCUAUUUCGACCCUCAAUGGAUCGACGUUUUGGGCAAUUGUGUUUUUUAUUAUGCUCCUUAGCCUGGGCAUAGACAGUUCUAUGGGUGGCAUGGAAGCAGUCAUUACAGGUUUGGCAGAUGAUUUCCAGAUCCUGAAGAGAAACAGAAAGCUGUUCACACUUGCUGUCUGUAUUGGCACUUUCCUCCUUUCUCUCUUGUGCGUAUCCAAUGGGGGAAUCUACAUACUGACUCUGCUGGAUAAUUAUGCUGCUGGGACCUCCAUCUUGUUUGCUGUUUUGGUGGAAGCCAUUGGCGUUUCCUGGUUUUAUGGUGUGGACAGAUUCAGCGAAGACAUUCAGCGAAUGUUGGGUUUUAAGCCAGGCAUCUACUGGCGAUUGUGUUGGAAAUUUGUGAGCCCUGGUUUUUUACUGAAAAUCGCGUACUGCAUCACGCCACACAAUGAGCAGCCUCUAGUAGACCAAGGAGAUGUAAGACAAUUUAAGCUUCAACACUGGAUAUCCAUAUGA